AUGGCGGCGAGAUUGGUUGAGAAGCACUGUCACAAUGUCCCAGGAAAGCUUCGUGUGACUGAGUUGUUCUUCGAUGUGCCCGUCGAUUAUCAGAAGCCCAACGAUGGCCGAUUGAGAUUGUUUGCUCGGAGCGUCACACGCUGGAACAAUCCCAUCGACUCCUCCACCAAGGAAGACACCAAGUUGCCCUGGCUUGUGUACCUGCAGGGUGGUCCCGGCUUUGGAUGCGGGCCUCCGCAGAAUUAUGGCUUUGUUGAGCCGGCGUUGAGCAAAGGUUAUCAGAUUUUGUUUCUGGAUCAACGCGGUACCGGCCUCAGUUCUACCGUGACCGCGGGUACCCUCGCCCGUCAAGGAGACGCUAUCAAGCAAGCAGAGUACCUCAAGAAGUUCCGUGCUGACAGCAUUGUCCGCGACUGUGAGGCGAUCCGUGAAAUCCUGACCCAGGAGUACCCUGCAGACCAACGUGUCUGGAGCAUCAUCGGUCAAAGUUUCGGGGGCUUCUGUGCUGCUUCUUAUCUAUCCUUCUCACGAACUUUUCAAAAGGUCAUCGAAAGGAAUGAAGCAUAUUAUGCUAAGUUCCCGGAGGAUGUUGCGCGUGUUCGCCUAAUCAUGCAACACUUGGAGGCCAACCGAACUCCCUUGCCCUCGGGUUGGUUGACCCCUGCCCGUUUCCAGCAACUGGGUAUUAUGAUGGGCUUCCACGGUGGUCUCGAUUCCCUUCACGACCUUGUACUUCGGGCAUGGCAUGAUCUGGAGAUUUUCGGCGAGUUUACAGACCCUACUCUGGCAUUGAUUGAUGGCCACGGAGGAAUGGACAAGAACAUCAUCUACGCUGUCUUGCACGAGGCAAUCUAUUGCCAGAAUGAGUCCUCAUCCUGGACAGCCGACCGUCUACGCAAUGAAAUUCCGCGAUUUCAAAUCAAUGCCGGUGACUCGGUAUCCCCUAUUUAUUUUACGGGAGAAAUGAUCUUCAAAGACAUGUUUGACUCCUACACGGAGCUAAGUCGGAUCAAAGACGCCGCGGAGAUCCUUGCUAGAACCAAGGAAUGGAACACGUUAUAUAACGUUGAUCAGUUGAGGAACAACAAGGUGCCCGUCUACUCGGCGACGUACAUCGACGACAUGUACGUCCACUUCGACCUCGCCUCUGAAACCGCGGCGAAAAUUGGUGGCUUGAAGCACUUCAUCACCAAUACGAUGUACCACGAUGCCUUGCGCAGCAAAUCUGGGGAGGUGAUGCGACAGCUCUUCAGCCUUCGAGAUGACUGUAUCGACUGA